AAAAGAAUGAAAUGCAAACUUGUUUAGGAGUUUUAGCCCAGAAAAUAGUAGUAGCAUUUGCAAUGCAAAACUAACCCUCAUCUUCUCUACUGUCGUGUCUCUCUUUCUCUCUCCUCUUUCUCUCUCUUCUUUCAAGGUGAUUACUGGAUUCAUUUCGCUGAUUAAUUGGGGACAAUUUCUAAAGCCGACAUCGAUUGAUUUUUUUGCGGGGGGAAGAUAAACCAAUGGUUUCUGAUUCUUUUGGUAACAGUCCAAAGAUGAUGUUAUGCAGGGGCUACAACAACUUUUGGUCAAUAUAGGUUGCCCUUUAGGUAUAUGUAUGGGCUGACUUGUACUUUUCAUGGGAGGUGUAGAGGAUGGCCAACCACCCUCAAAGCGGCUGAGAUUAUCUUGUGCAGGAUCAAGCAGUCUUUCAAGUAGCUUAAGAGCUGAAGAAACCGUAGCUACUGGCUCUUUGAGGGAUUUGAUGGCCCGACCUAUACAAUGCCAAGGGGAAGAAGAAGUGAUUGGUUCAAGAGGGGUGAUCAAAAGGCUAGAAUUUGUUAGACUUAUAGCUGGUGCUUUGUAUGCUCUUGGUUAUGAACGUACUGGUGCGUGUCUUGAGGAAGAAUCUGGUAUACCAUUGCACUCUGCUGCAGUAAACUUGCUUAUGCAGCAUGUUCUUGAUGGGAGGUGGGAUGAAAGUGCCUCGAUAUUGCAAAGCAUUGGUUUAGAGGAUGAAACUAUAAUAAAAUCAGCCAAAUUUUUAAUUUUGGAGCAGAAAUUUUUCGAGCUUUUAGAUGAUGGAAAGACAAUGGAUGCUCUAAAGACGUUGAGGACGGAGAUUUCACCUCUACAUAUCAAGACAAGCAGGCUACAUGAACUUUCUUCUUGUAUUCUUUAUCUUCCGCAGAGUGAGAAUGGAUGUGCUCGCAAGGAUUCGCUGAAAGGAAAAUCUCGUUCAGAAGUUCUUACUGAACUGCAGAAAUUACUUCCUCCCACAAUAAUGGUUCCUUCCAGAAGGUUGGAAUAUCUAGUAGAACAAGCCUUGAAUUUGCAGCGUGGGACCUGCAUAUAUCACAACUCAUCUGACAGGGAGAUGUCAUUGUAUGCUGAUCAUCACUGUGGAAGAGACAAUAUUCCUAGUCGUACUUUGCAGAUUUUAGAAGGGCAUCAAGAUGAAGUAUGGUGCUUGCAAUUUUCUCAUAAAGGGAAAUAUUUAGCAUCAGCAUCAAAGGAUCGAUCAGCUAUAAUAUGGGAGGUCGGCGUAAAUGGUGAAGUUGCGCUUAAGCAUCGAUUAUGUGGCCACCAAAGACCAGUUUCUCAAGUUUCAUGGAGCCCAGAUGAUCAACAGCUUCUCACCUGUGGGGCAGAGGAGACGGUGCGGCGGUGGGAUGUAUUAUCUGGUGAAUGUCUUCAAGUCUAUGAGAAGGCUGGGAUUCCUGUUGUCUCCUGUGCAUGGUUCCCUGAUGGGGAGUCUGUCUUUGCUGGCUUUUCGGAUAAAAGCAUAGGCAUGUGGGAUCUGAAUGGAAAAGAACUGGAGUGUUGGAAGGGACAUCGAACAGUUAAAAUUUCUGAUCUGGAAAUAACUCAUGACGGAAAACAAAUCAUAAGUAUAUGCAGAGAAGCAGCGAUUCUACUCUUGGACAGAGAAACACAAUUUGAGAGGUUGAUUGAGGAGGACCAAGUUAUAACUUCAUUUUCUCUCUCAAAUGAUGGGAAAUUUAUACUGGUUAAUCUUCUUGACCAAGAAAUCCAUCUUUGGACCAUAGAUGGCGAUAUUAGGCUUGUAGCCAAGUACAAAGGCCAUAAAAGGUCCAGGUUUGUGGUAAGGUCUUGCUUUGGUGGCCUAGAACAAUCUUUCAUAGCCAGUGGGAGCGAAGAUUCACAGGUUUUUAUAUGGCAUCGAAGUUCAGGACAACUUGUAGAUAUAUUGCCAGGUCACUCUGGAGUUGUCAACUGUGUUAGCUGGAAUCCAGUGGACCACCACAUGUUAGCUACAGCCAGUGAUGACCGUACAAUACGGAUAUGGGGCUUGAAUGGAGCAAAUAUGAGGCGUAGUGUUUGUCAGAGCAAUGGCACCCAUCAAUGCAAUGGAAAAUUAUGAAAGCUUUCCUACAUACAGCCAAUGGAAAACGAGGCACGUUACCUUUGAAUUUAUUUCUAUUCUUGUAAAUUUUCCUUUGACUUGUCUCAAGUGAAUAUUCAUGGUGAUAAAAUGAGGAUUAUGUUGUUUUUAUGACAAUUGUUUUGAUGUCUGGUUCAUUUUGGAUUCUGAAAUCGUUUUUUCCCUUAAUGUGCUGAUAAUUCUUUUAGUGAACAAAUGGAAAAAAAAGAUAUAACACACAA